AUGGCAUGUAUAGCCCUGGUCGAGUUGAGGCAGAGACGUAAUGCUCGGUCAUUGCAAGCGACUGCGGAGCUGGUAUAUACGGAGUUGAUGAUUUUCGACAAUGAAACAACCGCUAUCGGCGCACUCAAGGUGAUGAUCGAUGCCGGACAUCGCUACCACAAUCUUGAGAGGCGUCUUGGUUAUGGCAUCGCGUUCUUAUUAGGCACAAGCAUACCGGAGACAUCGUGGAUACGACUCCCCAAGGAUGGCAAGCACUUUCUGACAGUCAUAGAGCGUCUGCGCUCGGCACAAGUCCUGGAGCUCUCCGCGAAAUAUGCAGGUCUCAGAAAGCGCGUUGUGGAUUGGUUUCUCGAUCAUGCACGUCGUGAAUCGGAACGAGAACCCGCGGGAGCAGGGAGCUCGGUAGCUAGCAUCGAACCUAACCAGACCCAGACAGCAGAUGCAGUGAAUGAUGCAGAGCAGUCACUGUCUGAUAAUGGAUGGUGGGAGGACUUCGUCACAUCACCUUCGGAUUUGGAUGGUCUAUCUGCAGAUUGA